GAAAUAAUAAUAAUUCUGUAUCUCUCUCUCUUUCUUCUUUCUUUCUGAAUUUUCUCUGAAUGAAUGGUUCUUACAGUUGUAUUCUGGGGUAGUUUCUUUCUCUUUCUAAUUCUCUCUGUGUGGGUACUGAACGAGGCACUGUAUUUAGAGCAGGGGGAUGUGAUUGAACGGACAGGCAGCUCUGCUCUUCUUCUUAUCCUUUCCCGGCAAAAGAAAUCACUGCAAAUAUUGACAAAGAAAAAAACUCUUUUUUUUUUCAUGAUUUGUAUGAUAUUAAUAAUGCAAUAAUUCUCGUUUGUAUGGGGUGGAAGUGGAACUCUCUCCUUCUGUCUCCAACAUUUGAAUGUCGGUGAGUUAAACAGGGGAAGGAGGGUUCUUCUGCUUCUUUCUGGGUGUUUUCAUGGGUGUUUGAGUGUAAAAAUGAGGGGUACUUGGAUGGUACUGAUGGCAUUUCGUGUAGAGUUGAUCCUCCUGGUUUCUCUUCUCUUUCUGGGUGUUGGUUCCGUGGAGUCUGAUGAGGGGAAAACAUUGCUGGAGAUAAAGAAGUCUUUUAGGGAUGUGGACAAUGUUCUCUAUGACUGGACAGACUCACCAUCUUCAGACUAUUGCGUUUGGAGAGGCAUUACUUGUGAUAAUGUCACAUUUAAUGUUGUUGCCCUUAAUCUAUCAGGUUUAAAUCUUGAUGGGGAAAUCUCACCAGCAAUCGGAAACCUCAAAGACCUGGUCACCAUUGAUCUCAGGGGGAAUCGCCUCUCCGGACAAAUCCCAGAUGAAAUUGGUGACUGUGCUUCUUUGAAAAGCUUGGACCUGUCUUUUAACGAGUUAUAUGGAGACAUACCCUUUUCAAUUUCAAAGCUGAAACAACUCGAGUUUUUAGUUUUGAAGAACAAUCAAUUAAUCGGGCCAAUUCCUUCAACUCUGUCACAGAUUCCAAACCUGAAAGUUCUGGACCUUGCACAGAAUAGACUCAGUGGGGAAAUACCAAGGCUUAUCUACUGGAAUGAAGUGUUGCAGUAUCUUGGAUUGCGAGGUAACAAUUUGGUGGGUACACUUUCUCCAGAUAUUUGCCAGCUGACAGGUUUAUGGUACUUUGAUGUAAGAAACAAUAGUCUGACUGGCAAUAUCCCUCAGAAUAUAGGCAACUGCACUGCCUUCCAGGUCUUGGACUUGUCCUAUAACCAGUUCACCGGAGAGAUUCCAUUCAAUAUUGGAUUCUUACAAGUAGCUACGUUAUCCUUGCAAAGCAAUCAGCUUUCAGGAGAGAUUCCAUCGGUCAUUGGUUUGAUGCAGGCACUUGCUGUAUUGGAUCUAAGUUGCAACAUGUUAAGUGGACCCAUCCCUCCAAUUUUGGGAAAUCUGACAUAUACAGAGAAAUUAUAUUUGCACAGCAACAAACUGACUGGGCCAAUUCCCCCAGAGCUUGGAAAUAUGACAAAGCUUCACUACUUGGAAUUGAAUGAUAAUCAUCUCGAUGGGUGUAUCCCACCAGAGCUUGGAAGACUAACUGAAUUGUUUGAUUUGAAUGUUGCAAAGAAUGACCUUGAAGGACCAGUACCUGAUAACCUAAGCUCAUGUACAAAUCUCAACAGCCUAAACGUCUACGGGAACAAGUUGAAUGGAACCAUUCCACCUGCAUUUCAAAGGCUAGAGAGUAUGACAUAUCUGAAUCUCUCCUCCAAUGAUAUUAGAGGUCCCAUACCAAUCGAGCUAUCUCGUAUUGGUAAUUUAGAUACGUUGGACAUCUCCAAUAACAAAAUCAGUGGCACCAUCCCUUCGUCCAUUGGUGAUUUGGAACACCUUCUGAAGCUGAACUUAAGUAGAAACCAUAUAACGGGACCUAUUCCAGCUGACUUUGGCAAUCUAAGGAGUGUGAUGGAGAUAGACCUGUCAAAUAAUCAGCUCUCAGGCUUGAUUCCUCAGGAGCUCACUCAGCUUCAGGAUAUGGCCUUAUUGAGGCUGGAAAAGAACAAUUUGUCAGGGGAUGUCAUGUCACUGGUCAACUGUCUUAGUCUUACUGUCCUAAAUGUAUCUUACAACAACCUGGCUGGUGAUAUUCCCACAAGCAAUAACUUCUCAAGAUUCUCACCUGACAGUUUCAUAGGAAAUCCUGGUCUCUGUGGCUAUUGGCUUACUUCAUGCCAUGGGUCUCAUCCCACUGAGCGAGCUGUAAUUUCUAAAGCAGCCAUCCUUGGAAUUGCUAUUGGUGCCCUUGUAAUUCUUCUCAUGAUCCUCAUUGCUGCAUUUCGCCCACACAAUCCUACAACCUUUCCCGAUGGAUCACUUGACAAACCAGUUAUUCACUCGCCACCAAAGUUAGUGAUCCUUCACAUGAAUAUGGCACUUCAUGUCUACGAGGACAUCAUGAGGAUGACCGAGAAUCUGAGUGAGAAGUAUAUAAUUGGUUAUGGUGCUUCAAGCACAGUCUACAAGUGUGUUCUUAAGAAUUGCAAGCCUGUUGCCAUCAAGAGACUGUACUCUCAACACCCUCAGUGCUUGAAGGAAUUUGAAACCGAGCUUGAGACAGUUGGGAGCAUCAAGCAUCGAAAUCUUGUCAGCCUUCAAGGGUACUCCUUCUCCCCCUCUGGAAACCUUCUCUUCUAUGACUACAUGGAGAAUGGCAGUCUUUGGGAUCUCCUUCAUGGACCAACCAAGAAGAAGAAGCUUGAUUGGGACACUCGUCUUAAGAUAGCACUUGGAGCAGCACAAGGGUUGGCAUACUUGCACCAUGAUUGUAGCCCACGGAUCAUCCAUAGGGAUGUGAAAUCCUCCAACAUUUUGUUAGACAAGGAUUUUGAGGCUCACCUCACUGAUUUUGGAAUUGCUAAAAGCUUACCCAUGUCAAAGUCUCAUACUUCCACUUACUUAAUGGGCACAAUUGGUUACAUAGACCCUGAGUAUGCUCGCACUUCCCGCCUAACUGAGAAGUCUGAUGUCUACAGCUAUGGGAUUGUUCUACUCGAAUUACUAACUGGAAGGAAGGCAGUGGACAACGAAUCGAAUCUUCAUCAUCUGAUUUUAUCCAAGACAGAAAACAAUGCAGUCAUGGAUACCAUUGAUCUAGAGAUCAAGGCAACCUGUAAGGACCUAGCAGUGGUAAAGAAGGUUUUUCAGCUUGCCCUACUAUGCUCCAAGAGGCAGCCAUCAGACCGGCCAACAAUGCAUGAAGUGACACGUGUCCUCAGAAGCCUCAUCCCACCGGACGCACCACCAAAACAACCCCAACCAGCGCCACUCCCCUCAACCAAGGCGCAAUGCUACAUGGAUGAGUAUGCAAAUCUCAAGACUCCACACUUGGUCAACUGCCCAUCUAUGAGCACUUCAGACGCCCAACUCUUCCUUAAGUUUGGAGAGGUAAUAUCUCAAAACAGUGAAUGAAACCUCAUUGAAACUAUCUUGAGCAGUGGGAGAAAGCGGAAUUGAUUAUGUGUAAAGAUUUGGUGUCAAGUAUUGUAGCCUAGAGAAAAGGAGAAAAGAUGGACCUUUUUAGGAACAGAAUUGAAAGCUGCUAGUACCUAGAAAAAUCAUGUAAGUAAAUUGUACUAUAUGUGAUGCUAUCAUGGUGGUUAUUUAAAGAUUUUGGCUCGUCUUUAAGUUGGACCACUUGGGCAAAAGCUGUACCACGGUGGGGUAACUGUUGCUGGCCCUGGCUCUGAGAAGUAGGGUGUAGCUCUGCAGAAGCUCAUUAAUUGGGUGAGCAGCAAUAAUGCUUGGCUGGGCCUUAUCACUCAUUAAUUGUUGGGACAUUGAAAGUUCCUCUUUUUUUGGUUGCGUAGCUUUCUGCAUGUUGCCCUUGUUUUGGGUUAUUAUAGUACUUAGUAGUAACUGUGAACGAAUCAUGUAGAAACUUGUGGUGUUGAAUGGUUUACACGGUAUUAGAGCUCAAAUUUGUUUUAUGUGAGCUCAACGCAGCUCAGAUCACGUUGGAUUAGACAUGUUAACGUUGGAUUAGACAUGUUAAGUGAGAAAAUCUCGAAUCACAAUAAAUUUAUGAAUUUAAU